AUUUAGUUAUAUCAACAUUUUAAUAAUUGUCCUGCUCAGGGCAGUUAGAUGUCGUUAAUGUUACAAUACCACAGUCAAAUGUCGACGAAUAAGUUACACAUAUCCCUUUUAGUCAGCGUCAAUACCUACCUACCUAAAAGAAUUGCUCGACACACUCCAGCACGGUAGGCAGCGCUGUCCACCUUGGUUUACAUUCCGCCAAUGAAGUUAACGGAAAAGAGCACGUACGAGGCUGACACCAUCAGAUCCCAUUGGCUGGCAUGAAAACUAUGAUUGAAGUGAGCCAGCAAUCCCUCAGAGCCUUUAAUAAGCUGACAGACGGAAGCUACAGAAUUCACAAUGAUAGCAGCAACUAGUUGACGUUGUUCACCUGUUGAAAACCAGUCGCUGCCAGCUGCCAUCAUGUCAGCAGACAAGCACCCGGACCAUCCACGAUUUGUGAAUCCUCCACCUCCUGAGGUGACCAACCCCAGCAGGCCUGGCCGAAUGACCAACCAGCUGAAGCACAUGCAGAAUGUAGUCAUUAAAUCCCUGUGGCGGCACCAAUUGGCCUGGCCCUUUCACCAGCCUGUUGAUGCAGUCAGUCUUGGACUUCCAGAUUAUCAUACGAUAAUAACAUCUCCCAUGGACUUGGGAACCAUCAAGAAACGGCUCGAGAACAACUACUAUUGGAGUGCAAGUGAAUGUAUGCAAGACUUCAACACCAUGUUCACCAACUGCUACAUCUAUAACAAGCCUACAGAUGACAUAGUGCUGAUGGCCCUCGCAGUGGAAAAAGUGUUCUUGCAAAAAGUUGCCCUGAUGCCCCAGAGGGAGGUGGAGGUUUCCUCUUACGCUGCCAAAGGGAAAGGCAGAAAAAGUAGCUCUCCAGGAAGUGUGACCACAUGUUCUUCAGCUACGACGCCCACAUCUGAGCCAAGCAGCAGCUUCACACCCUCCAGCUCAUCGUCAGCGCCCAGACCCCAUUCACACAACGCCACAAAAAAGAAAGGGCUGAAGCGGAAGGUAGGCGGCACCACUGACACUGAAGCUGAACAGGGCAGACUGAGCGACCAGCUCAGGUACUGCAACGACAUCCUGGCAGAAAUGCUGUCGAAGAAAUACGUGGCCUACGCCUGGCCCUUCUACAAGCCUGUCGAUGUCGAUGCUCUGGGGCUACACGAUUACCGCGAUAUCAUCAAAUACCCCAUGGAUCUUGGCACUGUUAAAAAAAAGUUGAAUGGAGGAGAGUACCAGGAUGCACAAGCAUUCGCUGCAGACGUUAGGCUUGUGUUUUCCAAUUGCUACAAAUACAACCCUCCAAAUCACUUUGUUGUCACCGGGGCCAAAAAACUUCAGGGUGUGUUCGAGACGAGGUUUGCAAAGAUGCCAGACGAGCCGGUGGAGUUGCUUUCACCAGUGACUGCCGUGUCCCUGAAGAGCGCAGGUUUUGGCGGGAUAAGCGACAACAGCUCCUCCAACUUAGACAAAUCAAACUUGACAGAGGAGCGCGCCACCCGACUUGCCGAGUUGCAAGAACAGGUGGGUGCAGAACAGCUUAAAGCUGUUCAUGAGCAGCUCUCCGCACUCUCUGAAGUCCCUGUGAUUAAUCCAAAGAAGGAACAAGAAAAGGACAAGAAAGAGGACAGCAGGCAACUUACAGGCCGGAAAAAACCUAGCUCCAGACAGUCGUGGAAGGUAAGCAAAGACUGGGACUCGGAUGACGAUAGUCUGCAGAUGACGUACAGCGAGAAGCAUCAGCUGAGUCUGGACAUUAACCGGUUGUCUGGCAUGAAUCUGGGCCGCGUGGUGCAGAUCAUUCAGACGCGAGAGCCCUCGAUGCGGGACACCAGCCCCGAUGAGAUCGAGAUCGACUUUGAGAUACUGAAGCCGUCCACUCUGCGUGAGCUGGAGCACUAUGUCAAGUCAUGUCUGUAUAAGAAGUUCAAGAAAUUUCAAAAGAACAGCAGUCAGGCUGUGUCUCAUCACGUCAGCUGCAGCAGCUCUUCAGACUCUGCCACCAGCACCUCCACUGACUCCAGUUCAGAAAACAGCGACUCGUGACAACUGGAAUGGUUUUUUCUUUUGCGAACUAGAGUGGCUCUUCAAAACAGUAAUUUUUGUAUUGGUUAUAUGUUAAAAUAUUUGGAAAAUUGAAGUUCCCACACUGUUUGGUAUUCAGCGUGGCUUUUUUCACUUUCUUUAUAAAUCACAAUAUCCGUCAUUGUUUUUUCUUUUUCUUAUCAGACACUAUUACUCACACCAUAGCUAGAUGGCGGGCUGCCGGGUCUGGGGCACAUUUCAUAACAAUCAGUUUCAACCAAUAUCCUUUCUCUGUCACUCAUUUUUUCCAUACAUGAUAGGCCGUUUUCAAAUACUUUAUAGAAAUGCUGUCUGUUAUAUUUUAGAUUCUAUUAGAUCAAACUAUGGAAACACCUUAUUUUAACCCCUGCCUUCCAGUUAUAAGCCGUAUAUACACAUUUGAUAGAUUCUAACAAACUACAAUGCUCUGGUCAUUGUGAUCAAAGUGUUUAACACGGCCUGUUUUUAUACAUUCUCUAGCAGUUUAAACACUACGUAGGGCUGAAGACAAAAGUUGAGGAAAAUGGGUCUUACAGAUGCAACAUUUUACUGUUACAUGUAUUAUUAUUUUUUACUUAUUUUAGUGUUGCACUUAAUGUAUUCUAACAAUUCAGUUUCAGCCUUUUAUUUUUUACAUUAAAAUUGUUUUAUUUAUUUCUUUACCUCCAUUUUGAAUUGUAGUUGCUUCAUGGGCUGUUUCCUUUGACUUUGUGAUCAUCGUUCCCGGCAGAGCAGUAAAGACACUGCUUUAAAUCAACUGUGUAACAGUCUUGCUGAAUGGCAUCUGGAAAGGGCCACACCACUGUUUUGCAUGUUGUAGUCCAUUUCCUAUAAAAUGCAUAUUGAGUAUUUUCAGCAUAAUGUUUGAAUUGGCUUCUCAACAUUGUGGUAUGAAAGUCAACUUGCAGAAAUUUACAAUUUGAGUUUGGUAAUCCAUCAAAGUGGACAUCGUGUGCUGCUAUUCAUGUCUGCUGGCUCUUUGUUGCAUGAGAAUGCAGUGCUGACCUUUCAAACUGGCAACAAUAAUCUAACUUAGACAAAAAUAAGAGAAGAAAUACUGGCUGUCUGGCUCUUAUUUCCAGUCCCAGCAAUUAGAUUUGUUUUGGUUGUAUGAACAAACAACCAACUGGGGCCUGGGCAAAUCAUAUUUUAAAUACUGAAACCCAAACAGGAAGCAGGAAUGUAAUUUGUAGUAAAUGAACCACGGCAUGAAAAA